CUCUGUCUAAGCCAGACGUAGAUCACUCCUGAGCCCGGACCUAACAACAUGAACGCCUUCAUUGUUGUCUUCUCCGCCGUUGUCGCCUGUGCAUCGGCCGGUUACCUCGGACUCGGAGGCCUAGGUGGUGGUGCCGGCCUCGGUGGCGGUGCCGGCCUCGGUGGCGGUGCCGGCUUCGGUGGCGGUGCCGGCUCGGGGGGUGCCGGUGGUGCUGGCCUCGGUGGUGCUGGCCUCGGAGGUGCUGGUCUUGGAGGUGCUGGUUAUGGAGGUAGCCUCACUCACCUAGGUACUGCAUUGGGUGCCGCUUCAGCGCACCCAGUGGCCACCCUCGGUGUUGUUAAGCAGCCAAUCAUCAGUUAUGGCGUGGUGGCCAAGCCCGUUGUCAGCUACGUCGCCCAGCCCGUGGCCCAAAUUUCUCAGGCCGUGAAGCCCUUCAUCAGCUACCACGGUGGAGCCGGAGGUCUCGGCGGUGGUUUGGGAGGCUCGGGUGGAGCCCUUGGUGGUUCUGGAUAUGGAGGAGCUGGACUCGGUGGAGCUGGACUCGGAGGAGCUGGACUCGGAGGAGCGGGACUCGGUGGUCUUGGUCUCAAGGGCCUCAAGGUCUGGUAGAUGCAGAAGCCUGAAACUGAGUGGAACCUUACAAAACUUUCAAGUACAAAGCGCACGCAAUGUUCAAGUUUAAUCAGAUUGAAAACACCUACUAAAAUUCCAACAUGGCACUGAGAGUGCUUCACCACACGAACCUUUACGCUCACUUGUAAAAUAAAUUGUAAAGUAUGGUAACCUGAAAUAAAGCUCUUAUAUUGUCAGUAUCA